AUGGCAAGUUAUCGUUCAUUCCAUGUAAACUGUGGUGGACCGGAUGUAACCAGUGGGAGUAUCUUGUAUGAAGGUGACGUAAGCAUUGAAAGUGAUGCUGCUAUGAUUUAUUCCCAAAAAGAAUCAAACUGGGGAUUCAGCAACACAGGAGAUUUUAUGGAUGAUGAUGGCGAAAGCCCCGGAUAUAUACUUCGUUCAAACUUCUCUUAUUUACCAAUGGAUACGGUGUAUUCUACAGCACGCAGAGCUGCCAUCUCUCUCACUUAUUAUGGAUAUUGUCUAGAAAAUGGGAUGUACACUGUUAAACUCGACUUUGCUGAAAUACAAUUCACAGAUGACGAAUCGUACAGAAGAGUUGGAAAACGCUUUUUGGACAUUUAUAUUCAGGGGAAACUAGAGAAGAAAGAUUUUAAUAUUGAGGAGGCUGCUAAUGGAUCUAACAAACCUUAUUCUAAAGAAUUCGAUGCCACUGUGACAGACAAUACCUUGGAGAUCCGUUUAUACUGGAAUGGAAAAGGGACUACUUGCAUUCCAAAAAGAGGAAAUUACGGUCCUCUUAUUUCUGCAAUAACUGUAUGCUCAGGCAUGCCAGAGAACUUAUUGUCCAGCCUUACUCAAAUUGUUUUCUUGGUAAUGGGUGUCAUUUGUUGGAAAUUCUAUUUUAGAGACAAGUUCAUGAGAGAACGAGAUCUCAAGGGGCUAGAUCUGAAAACUGGUUCCUGCACUUUGAGGCAGCUGAGAGCUGCCACUAACAAUUUUGAUUCCGCUGGCAAAAUUGGAGAAGGUGGAUUUGGCUCCGUAUACAAGGGUAAAUUGUCAGAUGGAACUCUCAUUGCUGUUAAGCAGCUAUCUCCUAAAUCCAGGCAAGGAAACCGAGAAUUUGUGAAUGAAAUAGGCAUGAUAUCUGGUUUACAGCAUCCCAAUCUUGUAAAGCUUUAUGGAUGCUGUAUUGAAGGAGAUCAGUUGCUUCUGGUGUACGAAUACAUGGAAAACAACUCCCUCGCCAAAGCACUUUUUGGUUCAGAAACAAGUUUUCUGAUGCUGGAUUGGCCAACAAGAUAUAAGAUAUGUGUUGGAAUAGCCAGAGGUUUAGCAUUUCUCCAUGAAGAAUCUGCAAUCAGGAUUGUUUUGCAGAUUCUUCACAGAGACAUCAAAGGUACAAAUGUAUUACUGGACAAAGAUCUAAGUGCCAAGAUAUCAGACUUUGGACUAGCUAAGCUCAAUGGAGAGAACACUCACAUUAGCACUCGUGUUGCUGGAACCAUAGGAUAUAUGGCUCCAGAACAUGCGCUGUGGGGUUAUUUAACAGACAAAGCAGAUGUUUAUAGUUUUGGUGUUGUUGCUUUAGAAAUUGUCAGUGGAAGAAGCAAUUCGAGGCACAGGACAACAAAUGAAUUCUUAGGUCUUCUUGACUGGGCCCAUGUACUGCAAAAAAAAGGAAAUUUAAUGGAGAUAGUGGACCCAAAGCUGCAGUCUGAAUUCAACAAGGAAGAGGCUGAGAGGAUGAUCAAAUUGGCUUUAUGCACCAAUGCAUCUCCAUCUCUAAGGCCUGCAAUGUCAGAAGUGGUGAGCAUGCUUGAAGGACAGACCAGCAUCCAGGAGAUGAUCUCAGAUCCUAGCAUUUAUGGUGAUGAUUUACACUCCAAACAUCUCAAAGGCCACUAUCAGCAGGUCAUGAACCAGAGUUCAAAACAGCACACAAGACCUCUUUCCUCGAUCUGAUAAAUCGUGGAUUGGAAAUUCCUCUACAUCUGCCCAUGAUCUCUACCCCAUGAAUCCCGAGUCCAUAAGUUUAAACCUCAGUGAAACCUCGUCUUUAAUUUGAAUAAAGCCAAAGACAUGCUUGGAGCUUCGUUUGUAAUCACAUAAUGAUCAAUAUUUAGACGUCUACACAACGUCUUGUUGCUUACCAUCCAUCUUGGUAUGCUUAUGGAUUUAUAAUUCUAUAUAUGUAAACGGUCUAUGGAAGCUAUCUCCGUGGUUGUGAGAAUUCAGAGCCCCAGACACUUUUCCUGGCCAUUGAUUAUUACUCCCGAUUUAUGGGGAUGGAUAUUAUGAAUAUUUUUAAUAAAAUUUAAAUUUAAAGAAGGAAUCAGCUUGUUUUUGU